AUGCAAGAUGUUAAUCCUGAGUUGGUGUGUGAAUAUACCUUAGACAAAUUUAACAAACUUCCAACUGAUCGUCACAAUUCAUUAUUAUCAGAUUUCAGAAAUUUACCUGAAUUUUUGGGAGAGGAAGGUGUUAUAGACCAACCUUGA